UAAAUUCAAUCAAACCCUCUUCACUCUUCAGCUUCACUGUUUUGGGCUUUCUAAAGUUGGAAACCCCAUAUUCUGAAAACCCUUAAUUUCUCAGGUGACGAGGAUAACCCAAUUAUCUAAUCUUCUUCCUUUCGCAGAUAUACUUCGGAUAACUCGGUGAUCAGACUUACAAUGGAAAAAGGAGGAGAGAGCCAUAUAAUUCCGAAAAAUGUUAUAGAUGCAGUGAAGAGAAGCCUAGUAAACGUGGAGGAGCUCAGAGUCCACUUGCUCGAGUUCUUGGCUCUCUGUGAACCAAAUGUUCUCGCUGAAAUGGCUCCUCUCCAGCGAGCUCAAGUGCUUCUGAUGCUUACUAGGGCUACUUCGACACUCUAUACAUUGUGGUUGAGGAGUAGUGGAGUUCACCCAGAUGAUCAUCCAGUUACAACAGAGCUCGAGAGACUAAGUUUGUACUAUGAUAAACUAGAACGGUGUAUGGAUUUGAGCAGAGCACCAUUGCGACCUUCCACUACCUUGAAUUAUCAGGCGGCAACUCGUUUCAUCGAGCAUUCCUUGCCUGGUCUUACUCCAGUGCAAAGGCAAAGUAUGAGGGACUUAAGUAGAGGAGAGGGGGCAAAGAAUAAGUUCUCUGAAGUUAGGAGUUCCCGAAAGAAGAGGAAAUGCCAAUCAUCUGAGAAACAAUCUGUUCGGGCUGCUGCUCAAGAAUUUCUUGAGAAAGCAGCCAAGGAGCUUCUUGGUGAUAACAAAGGUGACCUGAAAGGGCCUCUGCGAAUGGAGGGUUUGGAUGAAGAAGACAUGCCUAUGAGUUAAUUCUCAUUUUGUUCAGCUCAGUAGAUUUGAAAUACAUGUUUCAUUCAUAAUACUGUUCACAUUUUACUUUGGUUUUUGCCCCCUUUGUAUUUAACCAGAGUAGGGAAUUCACAUUAUUGGUUGCCAGGAAUUCAGAAAAAUCUGUACUCGUUUGAAAACCAUAACAGAAUGUAGUACAGAUUAUGCUAUAAACAAUCCUCUCAACUAAUUUUCAGGAGUA